UCUUGCUGAUGUAUUUUUACCAUUGCGUUUCGUUAACAAAGUGUUAAUUUAUUUUGUUUUUUUUUUCAAAAUGCCAGCUGAAGAAGGAGAAGAAAGUCCCAGAGAAAGCAUUCCCGAAAAGUUUGAUGGGGGGAAUGUAAUAAUGCAUUGUGUGCUACACGAAGAUAAAGAAAGAUUUGCAAAGGUUUUCGAUGAUGCUGAAAACCCGUAUUAUGAGUCUGCAUCCGUAUUAUUAAAACAACGAAGUGAAGUUGGCAAAUCUCCAAUAGAAGUUGCUUGUAUGUUGGGCAGAGCUGAUAUACUUAAAGAUAUUAUUAAAAGGGGAUGCGAUGUCAAUGCAGCUAAUGGAUCAGGUUAUUGUCCCAUCCAUUUUGCUGCUGCAUGGGGUCAUGUCAAAUGUUUGGAAGCUUUGGUAGAAAGCGGAGCUUCAGUUGACUGCACAACCAGGCAUGGUGAAUUGGCAAAGGAGAUUGCUUUUCGUUACGACCAUAACCACUGUGUCUACUAUUUGAACUGGGCAGCUGCUAAGCUGGCAUUGGUGGCGUUUAUAUCUCAUGCUCGGGAACUUAUUGCGGAUCCCGAGAAAUUACAAGGUAUAAAACUGACGAAAGAGGAAAAGACCACGGUUCUUGGUUCGUGCAGCGAAAAACAGGAAUGGUUGGAGAGUACUACAGAUGCGACGGCUGACGAUUUUAUCGCGAAAAAAACUGAGCUCGAAAAGCAGAUCGACGUUAUCUUAAACAAAACGAUUUCUCCUGCACCGACUACGGAGAACGGGAAGAAGUGAUCUUCCAAUUUCUUAAAACUACACAAAGUCGAUAAAAGUUCUACCGCUGGUUGGCGCUGUGCAUCAACAUCCUUUCAUUUGUCUUUUAUGUAGAUUUAACGUGUGAUUCCGAUUUAAAUUUUUCAUUUUUUUGUACCAAUUCUGAUAGUGUUAAUUUUACCUAUUAAUACCACUUAACGUGUUUCUUUUUAUCACUUGUGUUUUCGAUCUUAGAAAUCUUCUUCCUCGUACUUAUAGUACGUAAACCCACGUAAUACUAAUGAGUCAGCAUGGUCCUUAGAACUGUCUUUACUUUCCAGGUUUUCGUUUCAAUUCCUGUAGCUUACGUAUGUAGUUAUAUCUCUAGCUUUACAAAAUGGCGUACGUUUCAAAUUGUUCAGGAAAUUUCCCUGUGGUUAAAAUAUCUAUUAUGAACUCAUUUGCACCGAUCAACAGAACUUUUCAAGCCGUUUGAAAUUUUUGCCAACCUGUAACUACAAUUUACUGUGCCGUUACGGUUUAGUGUUUAAUAAAAGAUAAUUUCGAAAUCUUG